AGCACGAGAGCUUGACGGGGAAUAUAUCUUGUGGAUUUUGGUUAGCUGAUUUACUUGGAUACUUUAUCGGUACGAUUGCACCGGCCGUUAAAGAGGCCGUUUAUAUCUCGGAGAUCUUUUGCACACGAUCAUAUAAGCGGAAAUCUGAUAAGGCUUGAACGUACAACGUCCUGAUUUUUGUACUUAUUUUUUUUGAAAGAUAUGGAAGGGUCAAGUGCGGAUCUGGAUCCAGAUCAACAAUUCCGAUCGAUGAACGAUACUGAAGGUGAACAAUUGGAUUUGAUGUCAAACUCUUCAAAUAUCCAGGGAGCCAUCUCGAGGCCGAAUGAAACCGAUGUGGACGCGGUAUCUUUAACCAACCUAGAUUCAACAGAGAACAUCCCGUCUACUAACAUACAUUCCAAUCAUAACGUGACGACUGACAUUCACACAUCCUCAUAUGGCCAUCAUGGUAGUGCAGGAACAGAACCACAAAGAGCCGAUGCACCGGGAUUGGAGGUAGAUUCUAUACAGUCUUCAAAUGAUAGUGAUGCAGAUUCCGCCAUGGGUGAUUCAUUCAUGUGGGCAGGAUUAAGUUCUACAGCUUCUAUACGAGACAGUGUGUACGAAUAUGUAGAGGAAAAUGGACGGACAUAUCACGCAUAUAAUUCGGGAAAGUAUAUUCUCCCUAAUGAUGAUGCCGAGCAAGAGAGAUUGGAUUUGCAACAUCACUUGUUCUCUUUGUUGUUUGAUGGAGUAUUACAUCUUGCUCCUCUUCCCUCUGAACUCCACAAUGUUUUAGAUAUUGGAACUGGAACUGGCUUGUGGGCAACAGAGUUUGCCCAGAAAUAUCCUUCAGCGCAAGUAAUCGGCACAGAUCUCAGUCCAAUUCAACCGAUCUAUGUACCUCCAAAUUGUAGUUUCGAGGUAAACGACGCAGAAGAACCCUGGAACUACUCUCAAAAAUUCGACUAUAUCCACGGCCGGGCCAUGGUCUGUUGUUUCAGUGAUCCCGCCGGCGUAAUAAAUUCUGCCUACGACUCCCUUCGUCCCGGCGGUUACUUUGAGAUGCAAGACCCGCAAAUGCCUAUAGUAAGCAUUGACUCUUCGAUAAACGGCACCUCUCUUGAAGAAUGGGUUCGAGUAUCAUGUCUCGCCGCCGAGCAUCGCGGACGUAAAGUAACAAAUUCAAGACACUACGGAAAAUGGAUGGCCGAGGCCGGGUUCGUGGAUAUCGUUGAGAAACAUUUCUUUUGGCCGUGUAAUCCGUGGGUCGGAGGGGAGAAGGAAAGGUUGCUAGCAAUGUGGACGCAGCAGAAUUUGUUGGAUGGUAUUGAAGGAAUGACGAUGAGGAAUUUGACGGCGGGGUUGGGGUGGACUCCCGAACAGGUAGAAAUGUUGUUGGUGGGUGUCAGGAAGGAUCUCCAAAAUAAGAGGAUUAAUUUUUAUGUUGAUGUGGUCGUCUUUUAUGGGAGGAAACCAGGACCGGUGAAACUGGAAAACGGGGAUAAUUCCGAUUGAGUGUUUCAGUAUUAGCCAUGUGUGAUUUUUUCAUUGCGAAACUUGGGAGUGUACAUAUUUCUAGUGUACAUCUAUUUCGUGUUACCAAGUUAUUAUCCUGGGUUGGCUGUGCGGGUGAGAUUUAUGGCAAGAAUCUAU